UUGAAAUAUUGAAGCGAUAUUUGAAGAUUCUUUUAUGGUUCGCGAAAUAGUAGAGAAUGGAUAAUAUUACGGCAAGCGAAGUAGCUGGUUUGGCAGUGGGUGUUCUGCUUCUUUCUGCUACCAUUGCUGCUCCCAAAAUCGAUGUUUUCUUCUCUUCUUCUCAACGCAGCUCAUUGGGGUUGUGCAAGCGGUGUGGCAAUGUAGGAAGAACGGCUUGCGCUAAAUGCAAAGGAACCGGGUCGAUCAAAGAAGGAGGGUUACUUAGUUUUAACCUUAUAGAUGAUUUGUUCGAAACAAUCGGUAAUCGCGAAUCACAGGUGAAGAAGAUAGCUUGUGUAAAUUGUCAAGCCAGAGGUUACUUUCCAUGUCCUGAUUGUUCUAAACUAUAAUCAGUGUGGUUUUGUCUUGUUUGCCAAUAAGUGUUUUCUUGGCUACAAUAUUGAAUCUCAAAAUGUAAGUGUAACAUUGUGAUUUUGAUCCUUCAGACAUUGUGGUAUAUGCAACAAUAGUUUAUCUUUUGCUACUCA